AUGCCAAAACGGUUUAAUAGAAAAAGUGUCAUUUUUUCAUGUCCGAAGACUCGAAGGUGCAACACUUCCAAAAUACCGACGAACUCAGAAGAGCAGCAUGGCAGUAUGUUCUUGACAACUUCACUUCAUCAUUUUCCAAGGUUGAGUACAACUAUUUCAACUGUGAACCUUGUAGUGACCGGUCUUCCUGCAAAUGCAAGUUCGGUCAAUACACAGUUUAUGGUGGCAAGAAUUGAAAUUCCAGACCCAACUCCAACAAGAACUCUCAAGUUACCAGAGACUCGUGUGAAGAAGAAACCUUCUGGUAAGUUUCUUAUAGCCAUAUACAUGGCACGUUUAGAGUAA